AUGUGCUACCUGAUAUCUUUCUUCUUCCAGAGAUCUUCCAAUCUCCCAUCGAUUAAUUACGACAAGUCCCAAUGGACAUACUUUCCGGCCAAGUCAAAGUUUAGGACGCAUGCUAAGAAACUCAUCGCCCAAGGAUUUCAGAAGUUUUCUGGCCCCUUCAACCUCAUAACGGAUCUUGGUCCUCUUGUCAUGCUUCCUCCAGAAUAUAUAGAUGCAGUCAAUCAGGAACGCAAGUUGGAUUUUACUCAGUAUACCGCACAGGAUCUUCUUUCAAAGUAUGAUACAUUCAAAAGCUUCCGUGGAACGGCCCCUGGCCUCAUCGAAGAAGCUGUCAUGAAGGGCUUGACUCGAAGUCUGCCAAAGUUUACGAAAGUACUCUCUGAAGAGAUGACAAGAUGUUUGAGUGAAUCAUGGGUAGAGUCUACGGAGUGGCAUGAAGUUGAUUUGAGAGAAGACGUGCUUAACUGGGUUGCACGUCUCUCCUCACGCAUCUUCAAUGGAGAUCCACUCACCACCAACAGCGAGUGGAUCCGCAUUUCGAAAGAAUUCACAGUCAACAUCUUCACCGCAGUUGCGAUCUGUAAAAUGAUCCCCUAUCCUCUCCGCUGGUUUGCGGAAAGAACACUCCCUGUUUGCCGCAGAGUCCGAGCAGAUCGCAGAGCAGGUGCGAAAAUGCUGGCCCCAAUUAUCGCAGAACGAAAAGCAGAAAUAGCCGCCGCUCAACGUGAAGGACGAGCACCAGUCCUACCCGAUGAUUCUAUAGAGUGGCUUCGAAAUGCUGCAAAGAGUCGAAAAUAUGACGAUGUCCUUUUACAACUAGGUUUGUCAAUGGCAGCUAUCCACACAACAAGUGAUCUCUUAGGCCAAGCACUGUUGAACCUUGGUGCGCAUCCAGAAAUGAUUGAGCCUCUUCGCACUGAGGCUGUCGAAGUUUUGAGAGCCCACGGAUGGAGCAAAGUGGCUUUGACCGAACUUCGCAUUAUGGACAGUUUCUUCAAGGAGACGCAACGUCUCAAGCCUAUCAAUAUGGCGUCGAUGCAUCGCCUCGCGACAGCUGAUGUGGAGCUUCCCAAUGGAGUCAAGAUUCGCAAGGGCGAGAAAAUAGCCAUUUCGUCCCAUCGUAUGUGGUCUGAGGCCGACUACGAGGACCCUGAGACAUUUGAUGGGUACCGCUUCGUGAAGCGCCGCAAGGUCCCGGGCUUGGAACACAAGAGUCACCUCAUCUCAACAAGUCAUGAACAUACUGCGUUCUCCCACGGAAAGCACGCAUGCCCUGGACGCUUCUUUGCUGCGAAUGAGGUUAAGAUUGCUAUGGUGCACUUACUUUUGAAAUAUGACAUGAGGCUGGAAGAGCCGAAGGACGCGGGUUGGCUGGAGUAUGGAACUAACAUGUUCACAAAUCCCAAGGCGAGGAUGAGCGUGAGGAGAAGGAAAGAGGAGAUUGAUUUGGAUGGUAUGCGAUAA